ACGCCUCUGGAUGGCUCUUAUAUAACUUGGACUAUUACACGGCACUAAUGUUGAAAUAAGGUUAAAGAUUCCUAAGGUCUCCUCAUAUUGCUUGGGCUGGUGUCACUGGGAUUCAGACUGUUGCAGUGCUGGGACUAUUCAAAAGAGUGUGAUCUGACACCCUCCCCUACUGUUGGGUAAAGGUCGGAAGGUGCCCAGGAUGACUGCAGAAAAGACAGAUGAGUUGGUCUUCUUUGUAAAUGGCAAGAAGGUGGUGGAGAAAAAUGUGGACCCAGAAACUACUUUGCUAACCUACCUUCGGAGGAAACUCGGCUUAUGUGGAACCAAGCUGGGCUGUGGAGAAGGCGGAUGUGGUGCCUGCACUGUUAUGAUUUCCAAGUUUGACAGCUUCCAAAAGAAAAUCAUAAACUAUUCUGCAAAUGCUUGUUUAUUCCCUGUCUGUGCUCUCCACCAUGUAGCAGUAACUACCGUUGAAGGCAUAGGAAGCACAAAGACAAGGCUACAUCCAGUACAGGAAAGAAUAGCAAAAAGCCACGGAUCACAGUGCGGUUUCUGCACUCCUGGCAUUGUCAUGUCCAUGUACACGCUGCUUCGCAAUCACCCUGCACCCAAAAUGGAAGAGAUAGAAGAUGCUUUCCAAGGAAAUCUCUGCCGCUGCACAGGAUACAGGCCCAUUCUGGAGGGGUACCGGACAUUUGCAAAGGAUGGGGGAUGCUGUGGAGGAAAAGUAAAUGGCUUUGGCUGCUGUAUGGCUGGAAAGGAAAAUGAAGUGAAUGGUCAUGGAUGCUGUGGAAAUCAAGUCAAUGGCCUGGGUUGUUGCAUGGAUGAAAAAAAAGACCAUACAGGCCUGAUCCCCUCAACCUUGUUCAGUCCAUCUGAGUUCCAGCCUCUGGAUCCCACACAAGAGCCUAUAUUUCCACCAGAGUUAUUGACGCACAAUAAUAAACCUCAAAAGCAGCUGUGCUUUAAAGGCGAGCGUGUGAUGUGGUUUCAGCCCUCAACCCUCAAGGAACUGGUGGCUCUCAAAGCUCAGUACCCCACCGCCAAGCUUGUGGUCGGGAACACGGAAGUGGGUAUUGAAAUGAGGUUAAAGAACAUGCUGUACCCUGUGAUAAUUGCGCCAACUUGGAUCCCAGAAAUGAACUCUGUUCAGCACACAAAGGAGGGAAUAAGUUUUGGCGCCUCCUGCACUCUGAGCCACCUGGAAGAGGUUCUGCAGAAAGCAGUGGCUGAGCUUCCUCCUUACAGAUCAGAGGUGUUCAAGGCUGUCAUAGAACAACUGAGAUGGUUUGCAGGGCCUCAAAUCCGAAAUGUUGCGGCUGUUGGGGGAAAUAUAAUGACUGCAAGUCCAAUAUCUGACUUAAAUCCAGUGUUUAUGGCAAGUGGGAGCAAACUGACUUUGGUGUCAAAUGAGGGCAGCAGGACUAUAAAGAUGGAUGAAACCUUCUUUACUGGUUAUAGAAAGACUAAACUAAAGCCUCAGGAAAUACUGGUCUCAGUUGAGAUCCCCUUCAGCAGGAAGGGUGAAUAUUUCUCAGCAUUCAAGCAAGCUUCACGACGGGAGGAUGACAUUGCUAUCGUGACCUGCGGAAUGAGAGUCCUCUUUCACGAGGGCACCGAUCGAGUACAAGAAAUUAAGCUGAGCUAUGGAGGAAUGGCUCCCACAACUGUGCUGGUUACAAAGACAUGUCAGGAGCUCAUUGGGAGGGAAUGGAAAGAAAACCUUUUGCAGGAAGCCUGCCACAGGCUGGCUGGUGAGAUGAAUCUGUCCCCUUCAGCCCCGGGUGGCAUGGUGGACUUCCGACGGACUCUCGUGCUCAGCUUCUUCUUUAAGUUCUAUCUCACCGUGCUACAGAAAUUAAGUUUAGAACUCAAUGGCAAUAAUAAUCUGGGUGAUGUGGUCCCCUCGAGGUAUGCCAGUGCCACUGAAUUAUUUCACAAGGAUCCUGUCAAUAAUGUACAACUUUUCCAAGAAGUACCUCCAGGGCAGUCCAUCGAAGAUACAGUGGGACGACCCCUGAUGCACCUUUCGGCUGCCAAACAGGCGAGUGGAGAGGCAGUCUAUUGCGAUGACAUCCCUCGCUAUGAGAAUGAACUCUACCUAACGCUAGUUACCAGCACCAAAGCCCAUGCUAAGAUUGUUUCUAUUGAUACCACAGAGGCCCAGAAAGUACCUGGCUUUGUAUGUUUUGUCUCUGCUAAGGAUGUUCCUGGGAGUAAUGCCAGUGGGAUUGCUAAUGAUGAAACCAUCUUUGCAAAGGACACUGUCACCUGCGUUGGCCACAUUAUUGGUGGGGUGUUGGCAGACACGCAAGAACAUGCUCGAAGAGGUGCUAGAGCAGUGAAGAUUGCAUAUGAAGACCUUACGCCUAUUGUUACCAUUCAGGAAGCCAUUGAGAAACAGUCAUUUUUUGAGAGUGUAAGGAAGAUCGAGAAAGGAAAUAUCCAGAAAGGAUUUCAAGAGGCUGAUCAUAUUGUAGAAGGUGAGAUGUACCUUGGCGGCCAGGAGCAUUUUUAUCUGGAGACUCACUGCACUAUUGCUGUGCCAAAAGGAGAAGAUGGAGAAAUGGAGCUGUUUGUAUCUACCCAGAAUCUAAUGAAGACACAAGAAUUUGUUGCCAAUGCCUUAGGGGUCCCAUCAAACCGAAUUGUGGUCCGCGUGAAGAGAAUGGGAGGAGGAUUUGGAGGAAAAGAGACAAGGAACACGAUUGUAUCCACAGCUGUGGCAGUGGCUGCUGUUAAGGCUGGUUGCCCAGUACGAUGCAUGUUGGAUCGAGAUGAAGAUAUGCUGAUUUCUGGUGGAAGACAUCCCUUUCUGGGACAGUAUAAGGUUGGUUUCAAGAAGAAUGGAAGGAUUACUAGUCUAGACGCGGUAUAUUACAGCAAUGGAGGGAAUUCGGUUGAUCUUUCUCAUGGUGUUAUGGACAGAGCUGUGCUGCACAUGGACAACUCAUACAACAUCCCAAACAUCAAAGGCAGAGGCAUUGUCUGCAAAACAAACUUGUCCUCCAAUACAGCAUUCCGUGGGUUUGGGGGUCCCCAGGGGAUGAUGAUUGCUGAGUGUUGGAUGAGUGACAUUGCCUUGAAGUGUGGGCUGCCAGCAGAAGAGGUACGAAAGCUCAAUCUAUAUAACGAAGGAGAUAUGACUCAUUUUGAUCAAAAGCUAGAAGGAUUCACUGUGCAAAGAUGUUGGGAAGAAUGCCUCAUAAAUUCAGACUAUCAUGGCAGAAGGAAGCUAAUUGAUGAGUUUAACCGGCAGAAUCGCUGGAAGAAAAGAGGUAUGGCUAUAAUUCCAACCAAGUUUGGGAUCAGCUUCACAGUCCCGUUUCUGAACCAGGCUGGUGCACUGAUACAUGUGUACACUGAUGGUUCAGUGUUGCUCACGCAUGGUGGGACGGAAAUGGGUCAGGGCCUGCACACCAAGAUGAUUCAGGUUGCUGGCAGAACUCUGGGAAUAUCCACCUCCAAGAUCUAUAUCAGUGAGACAAGCACCAACACUGUGCCAAACACAUCUCCAACAGCUGCUUCUGUCAGCGCUGACAUCAAUGGGAUGGCUGUUUCUAAUGCCUGUCAGGCUAUCUUAAAGAGAUUGGAGCCAUUCAAAGCUGCUAAUCCCAAAGGAUCCUGGGAAGACUGGGUGUCAGCAGCCUACCAUAAUUGUGUGAGUCUGUCAGCUACAGGAUUUUUUAGAAUUCCUAACGUUGGGUAUGACUUCAAGACAAAUUCAGGAAGGCCCUUUCAUUACUUCACUUAUGGUGUUGCUUGUUCUGAGGUUGAAAUAGACUGUCUGACAGGUGACCAUAAGAAUCUUCGCACAGACAUUGUGAUGGAUGUUGGCACCAGCUUGAACCCGGCUAUAGAUAUAGGGCAGAUAGAGGGAGCAUUUGCCCAAGGAAUUGGGCUAUUUACUCUCGAGGAGCUGCGCUAUUCUCCAGAAGGCAAUUUAUAUACUCGAGGGCCUGGAAUGUACAAAAUCCCUGCAUUUGGUGACAUACCAGCAGAGUUCCACGUUUCUCUUCUCCGGGACUGUCCAAACAGCAAAGCCAUUUAUUCAUCCAAGGCUGUAGGUGAGCCUCCCUUGUUCCUGUCAGCCUCUGUGUUUUAUGCCAUUAAAGAUGCCAUCAUUUCUGCCAGGGAAGAAUCAGGCCUAAAAGGGACAUUCAGACUGGACAGCCCAGCCACCCCAGAGAGAAUACGCAAUGCUUGUGUUGAUAUUUUCACCAAAUUGUGUCCAUCUGCUGAGCCAGGAACUUUCAAGCCAUGGUCUGUGAGAGUAUGAAGGAAGCAAUCUCUAAGAACCAUCUCCAAUGGUUAAGUUGGUUUUACCUGAAAGGACCAAAAGAAAGUGAAGGCUACUGCUGAAUGAGAUCUGUAUUCCUGUGUCUGCCCUGCUGAUUCAUGAAGCUUUGUAAUUAAAUUGAUGAAUCAUCAGUUGCCUGAUGAAGGGUUAUUGUUGAUGGAUUAUUGCUGGAAUGUAAAUGUAAUGAAGAGGGAGGAAAUGAUGGUUUUGCUAUCUGUGAAACUGAAACUCUGACAAGGUUCAUUUAAGUUUGAGGCAAAGAUGGGAGAAAAGAUCAGCUUGUCAAUAUGUUCACUUUUGAAGUGUAAUCAUGACACUGAAAAAAAUGCUAAUUCAACAGAUUUUGAUGCAGCCAAUCCUUCUUCUACUGUUUUCUCCUUAAUCUUUUGGAUGGAUAAUUGCUAACAACAAUGAGGGCAGGACCCCAUUGCACUCUGCCCCAAUGCAUGUGGGAAAUUAAUGAACAUCGAACUGAUGAGCUCAAAACCUCUGCUCUGAACUCCCCCCCCCGCCCCUUUGGUAAGUUGAGGAUUUCAAAUACAUUGGGAUAAAAUGCAGUUUUGUACAAAGAUUGAUUAAUGGCCUGAUCCCAAAUGUAUUUACUUGAAAGUAAGACACAUUGAUUUCAAUGCAGUCUACUCAAAAGUAGGUGUACAUGGAACUGACGCUUAAGGCUCCAUUGUAUACUCAGUUUCCCAGGAGUAAGCCCCAUCAAAUUCAAUGGCACAUUUUUGAAUAGGAUUGCACUGCAAGAGAGUUUUGAAAAAAAUCAUGUUAGGUUUGGAUAAGUCAUAGAAUUUCAGCUUUUCUUGCAUCUUAUAGUGCGCAUAUCCCCCUAACUAGUUUUGCUGAAAAUAGGCUAGGCUGAGGAUGUUGUGUUCCAUGGUGACUCCCUAGAGAGUGCUGUCAUCCCCUACUUUAUGGUACAGAGAAGUUCAGAAGAACACUCCAUUACAUGUAUAUUUAUUUAGAUGUCUCUUACAUUCUCUUUGUGCUAUGAUCUCUGUGUAGCAGGCAGCCACUGAAGUCCAUUUAGUUGCUGUUUAUGCAUCUAGAGUGAAUAGCAUUCUGUGACUUCAGUGGAUUCAUCCAGACACCAUUAAAGUUGAAAGUGAAGAAGAUCAAGUGAACUGAAAUGCACAGCAUGGUUAUUUCUUAAACAUCUUGUAUGAAGAGCUAUUCCCAUGUUUUAAUGACAGAGGAAUAGCCCUAAAGUGAUGAAGAAAUGAAGAGAGUUCUGAACAGUUGUUCCCUGAAGAAGCGUCAGUUCAUAAUAAUACUAGAGAUGUUGGAAUAAAAUUUAGUUAGCCACUUAACUCCUCUUGCACAGCCUACACUCCAUUUCCACAGGCCAAACCACAUUGCACUCCUUGUGCUAAAUAUGUCCUUUUAUAAGAACAAAAAACAAAUACAAAAGCACAACAGCCUUAUAGGAACUGGCUCUGAGUCAAGCAAAUGUAAACUCAUCCCCCAAAUGUUCAGAAAUCAAUGAACAUCAUCAUUCAAAGGUACUGAUUUUGCACUGUGCCCUUGGGGUAUAAUCUCUUGAUAACAUUAGAUCUGUUGUAUAAAAGCAGAGUGCGUACCUUCUAGGAGAAAUACACAGUCAACAUUCAUUGAUGUUUUAAUUGCCUUGAUUGCCACUAGUAAUAGCAUUUCCACAAUAUAAGAAAAUAGCCUGUCAGUAAUGGAUAUGUGUGAGACAAUGCACUUAUUGGUUUGGAAUUAGAUUUAGAGCAGAUCCAGUGAAAUCAAUGGGACUUACAUUAGUUAUGUCUAGCAUCCUUAUUUUUCUGAGGAUUUGCUUAAUAUGCUAAUGCAUCCAUCUUGACUAGGGGCAUUCAAAGCU